AUGGCGAAAAAUGAGACCGAACCAGAAAGCAUGAUCUCCCACGGCUACUUCCAAGGACACCCGUGCCAGCUGCCUGCCAGCAAACUGUCAGUUUAUACGAUCAAGUGCUCCAAGCUUAGGCUACGCAUUUUGGACCUCAUCACUGUUAAUAUGGAUGAUAUAAGAGCUAGAAAUUUAUACAAAUCCUACGCUGGUCUCAGUGCAGAGAGAUACCGCCAGCACAUGAACUACCCUUCCACCAUACAUCCUUACAGUAAACUCAGGCUGUGGAUAGAGAUCGUCUUCGUCAUGUCUAUGAUACUCUCUCACACACUGUUAGCGUUGCAUUUCAGCGAACAGAAUCCUUACAACCACGACCGUUUAAUGUAUUUAACGGAUUUCGUGAACAUCUUGAACAUAUUCGUCAACUUCUUCACGGGUUACAUCGAAGGCUACACAAACCAAGUGGCCGUUUUGGACAUAUUCAAAAUAUUCUGCCACUACGCCCGCAAUUGGAUGUGUUUUGAUAUGCUAUCGGCUAUAAGUUUUAUACCGGCUUUGUUUGACAUCAGAGACGUAUCAAUUGUAUGUCCCCUUGUUGCGAUGAAGAUCUUCAGGGUGCCUAUACUGAUUAUUUAUCUCAAAAAUAUUAUGACGGCUAAAAGAUCCAGUUUCGCAACCAAAACGGUAGCCGAAGUGCUCACUAUGAUAUACUUGUACCUGAUUUGGAACGUGUUCUUCCAAUUUGCCGUGAUCUACGUCAGCGAGGGUUCCUACACUCCUGAGAACCCUGCAAAUUGCAGCUGGAUUAGCAAAGCCCGACUCUGGAAUGAGACUGCUAGCCUUAGGUUCAUCUUCGCUUUUGAUAGAGCUGUGAGCAUGUUCAGAAAGAACCACAUAGAAAGUCAGCAAAUACACAGACCCACGGAAUGUGUGGAAAUUUUCUUUGUAAUGUCUUGGUUUAUUACGGAGUUUUUACUGAUACACUGCGCGUUAAAAUACAUAAUGUCAAUGCUGGGCACCGAGGCGGCUAAGGCUAAAUACUUCACGAUGAUAAAGCAAGUAGAAAUGUACAUGAACCAGAGGAAAUUUCCACCGAGGAUCAAGAAGAAAAUUCUCAAGUUCUACGCUUUGAGAUUUCAGUCUAGUUUUUUUGAGGAAUACCGCAUGUUGAGCUGCGUCUCCGGUCAACUCCGUGGUGACAUCAUCAUGCACACUGGAGGCGAACUGGUUAGAGAGAUGGAGUUCCUAAAGCAGCUGCCGGGUUCGCUACACCUCCAGAUCUGUAUGAAACUGAAGCUGGUUAUAUUUAUUGCUGGCGACAUCAUUUUCAAGAUCAACACUAUCGGUGACUGCCUCUACUUUAUCCACAAGGGAACUGUUGCCAUUUACUCGGAAUCCGGUCGAGAAGUAUGUCAUUUGGAGGACGGAGAUUUCUUCGGCGAAAUAGCUUUAGUGAGAAAGCACAAGUUUCGAACGGCCUCCAGUAUUGCAGUCACAAAUUGCGAGUUGUUUAGACUUGACAAACAAGAUUUUGAAGGAUCUGUGGCGUGUUACCCGACUGUUUAUGAAUAUUUCAAGAACUUGGCCAAUAAAAGGUAUGAGAGAACUUGCGUGUUGAACGAACAUCAUAAGUCGGAGUUACGAGUCAUUAGCAAAGCCGAGGAAAGUCACAAGUGA